AGUCUCUGGACCAUUCUCCAGCAGCAGCAGCAGCAGCAGCAUCUCUCUUUGAGUGUCCAGCACUACAGUGUUUACCAGCGAGUCUAACUUACUGUGUAUUUGCAUCUGCUAUCUACAAUGUCAAUGCAAAGAAAAGCACUGAGUCUACAUGGUGCCCCAGCGGUACCCCUCAUCUCUAGCACUUCAUCUACCAGAGUCUUUACUGGAUAUGGCAACAGCAACAGUGGACUAUAUGGUGCUGAGGUAGGCAUUGAUGGAGUGUUCAGCAUCAACGACAAAGCCACCAUGCAGAACCUCAAUGACCGCCUUGCUGCUUACUUGGAGAGAGUUCGGUCUCUCGGGCUUGCAAACAACAAGCUGGAACAACAGAUCCGGGACUGGUAUGCUGCUGCUGCCAACGCAAAGCCCAAGGAUUUUGGCCCUCAGGAAAGAGCUGUGGCAGAACUGCGAGCAAAGAUCCAUGCUACCACCGUGGACAAUGCCAAAAUUGUCCUGCAGAUUGACAAUUCCAAGCUAGCAGCUGAAGACUUUAGAGUCAAGUAUGAGAACGAGAUGGCCAUGAGGCAGUCAGUGGAAAUAGACAUUAGUGGUCUCCGUAAGCUGUUGGAUGAGCUGACCAUGUCCAGAAGUGACCUGGAGAUGCAAGUUGAAGGGCUUAAGGAAGAGCUGAUACAUCUCAAAAAGAAUCACCAGGAGGAAAUGCAAGCUGUGCAAAACUCAAUGUCAGGCACAGUUAACGUUGAGGUGGAUGCUACUCCCCAGCAAGACCUGGCCAAGACCUUGGAGGAAAUACGAUCUCAGUAUCAGGGCAUAGUGGAAAACAACAGACGUGAUAUGGAGAACUGGUACAAGGCCAAGUUUGAAGAAUUGGACAACCAGGUCUCCAGUGAUUCCGAUGCCCUGGAGUCCUUACAGAGUCAGAAAUGUGAGCUAAAAAGGACACUACAGGCCCUUGAAAUUGAGCUGCAGUCUCAGCACAACUUGAAAGGGGCACUUGAAAACACGCUAUUAGAAACCAAGAGCCGCUAUACAUCACAGCUCUCUCAGCUGCAGUUCACCAUUAACAAGCUUGAGGCUGAGCUGAUGAAUCUCAGGCAAGAUAUGGAGACCCAGAGCAAUGAGUAUAAGAUAUUACUGAAUGUGAAGAUCAGGCUGGAGAUGGAGAUUGCAGAGUAUCGACGCUUGUUGGAUGGAGAGAUUACAGGGAGAAAAGUAGAAGUGCCUAAAAUUGAAUCUCCACCAAGAGAGCCUGUUCGAACAAGAAAGGUGAAAAAACUGGUGGAAGACAUUGUGGAUGGAAAAGUUGUCAACACUCAUGAAGAAGAGUUUGAAGAGGCGAUACGCUAAAUUUUCCAAGUGCACCAAAAGUUUUAAUGUUGAAUGAAAAUGGUGUAGGUGUAUUUUGGUGGUAUAUCAUUUUUGAAAGUGAUACCUUGUAUGUUUAAGCAAACAAUGACAAACUUUACAUUGCACUAAUCUGAACUCUGAAUCUUAGCAAUAAAAAAUCUUUUCUCAAA